UCUUUGUUGUAUUCUUUAAACAAAAUAUUUCACACAUGCUGUGAUUUAUUAAAAAAAUUCCCAAUUCAAAAAUGAGCUGACUCUACUGAUUACUCUCAAUCAAUUCCCAAUUCAAUGCGUCUCUUUCUGGUUGUUCACUCGCAUUUAUUACUGGGGAAAUCGUUUUAUCAGCCUUGGGUUGUCAUGUCUUGUCCUCCAAGAACACCUCUCUCUCUCAUCUCUCCCCCUACCCCCCACCCAAUGGGUUAUUGAAUUGAAUAAUUGCUCCUUUCAUGGACACCCAUUUCUGAAAAAGCUCUAAAGAGCGCUUCAUGUAUUGGUUCCAAAGCUAGAAAGUAAGAGAUACAGCCCUUUUCAGCUUUCAUUCUUUCAUGGUGGAAAAGGGGAGGAAAAUGGAAAUGGAAAUGGAAAUGGAAAGUGGAAUGCUUUUGAAGAAAGUUGUGAGCAAGAAAAAGCUAGGGCUUGCUUUGAAGGGUAUGAAUCUUUGAAACUUGCAAACAAGAUUGAGAGAAGAAAAUAUGCCUACAGUGUGGUUUUCUUUGAGGAAAUCUCUGCACUGCAAAUCAGAGCCGUCGGAUGUUCAUGAUCCGAAGUCCAGGAGACACUUGAGCACAAUCUUGACUAGGAAAGCAGGGAGGUCAGGCUGUUCAAGGUCCAUAGCAAAUCUCAAGGAUGUCAUUCAUGGAAGCAAGAGGCACAUUGAAAAGCCCCCAAGUUGUAGCCCAAGAUCUAUAGGGAGCAGUGAGUUCCUCAACCCAAUAACCCAUGAAGUGAUUUUGAGUAAUUCAAGGUGUGAGCUCAAAAUUACUGGUUUUGGGGGAGGUGGUGGUGGUGGCGGUGGGGGUGAGAGUGGUGGUGACUCAACAUUUGUGGGUACUCUAAGGCCUGGCACACCUGGUCCAGGUGGUCACCCUACAAUGCAUUAUUUUAACCCUUCAAUUAGGGCUCAAAGAAAGACUGCUGCCCUUUGGUCUCAUAGGGAAGGUUCUGGAUUUGGGGGUUCUGCUAAUUCUGCUGGUGGUGGAAAUGGGACUCUAUCAAACCCUAAGAUUUCUCUUCAGACAGAUGGCAAUGGGCCAUUGGCUGUGACAUGCCACAAGUGUGGAGAGCAGUUUGGAAAGUGGGAAGCUCUUGAAGCACAUCAUCUUUCUAAGCAUGCAGUCACUGAACUCGUGGAGGGUGAUUCGUCUAGGAAAAUAGUUGAAAUAAUUUGCCGGACAAGCUGGCUAAAGUCUGAGAACCAUUGUGGUCGAAUUGAGAGGGUUUUGAAAGUUCACAACAUGCAAAAGACUCUUGCUCGGUUUGAAGAAUAUAGGGAAGUUGUGAAAAUCAAAGCUAGCAAACUUCCCAAGAAACACUCUCGGUGCAUUGCAGAUGGGAAUGAGCUUUUAAGGUUCUAUGGCACAAUUGUGGCGUGCUCACUCGGCAUGAAUGGAUCAUCCACUCUCUGUGUAUCUGAAAAAUGCUGCGUUUGUAGAAUUAUAAGAAAUGGGUUCUCCACCAGAAAGGAACUUAAGGGUGGUGUCGGUGUUUUCACAACCUCUACUAGUGGAAGAGCUUUUGAAUCUAUAGAAAUUUUUGAAGAUAAUCCAUCUGUAAGGAAAGCUUUAAUAGUCUGCAGAGUUAUUGCAGGAAGGGUUCAUAGGCCACUGGAGAACAUACAAGAAAUGGCUGGGCAGUCAGGGUUUGAUUCAUUGGCUGGGAAAGUGGGUCUUUAUUCAAAUAUUGAGGAGCUUUAUUUGCUGAAUCCUAAAGCUCUCCUUCCUUGCUUUGUGGUAAUCUGCAAACCCUAAAGAACAUAUAGGAAAAAAAAUGCUUGGUUACUUCAAUUUAUGAAGGUUGUUUGAAUCAAUUUUUUUUUUUUUAAAAUCCGUGGUAGAGGUCUCUUUUCUUUUCCACAUGAAAGAAUUUUGAUCCCUCUAUCAACUUGCCAGUUGAUCAAUAUUUGUGCUUUGUUUAUGGUAUCUGUAUCUACCUCGGUUAUCAAUUAUGUUGUUGAUGCAAAUAUUUACAGAGAAUCUAUAUAUUCCUUUUUGUUA